GAUGAAACCCCAAUAUUUACUUUCAGUUAAGUGGGUAAAACCCCCUAACUGCGGUUUACAUGUGUAGGUCACUGCGUUACUGUGUUAGUCAUUGUCUCUAUGCAGCAAUGACAAGGCUAGAAGAAGCAAACAGAGAAGUGAACAUGCACUCAUCAGUCAGAUACCUUGGCUAUCUUGCCAGAAUCAACCUACUGGUUGCCAUUUGCAUGGGCCUUUAUGUCAGAUGGGAAAAAACUGCAGAUGCACUGAUUUUGGUAAUAUUUAUUCUGGGGCUCUUUGUUCUUGGAAUUGCCAGCAUAUUGUACUACUAUUUUUCAAUGGAAACAGCAAGUUUGAGUCUCUCCAAUCUUUGGUUUGGUUUUUUGCUUGGCCUUCUCUGUUUUCUUAAUAAUUCUGCCUUCCAAACGGACGUGAAAGAAGAAGCUACUAAAUAUUUGCUCCUCUCCGCCAUUGUUUUAAGGAUAUUAUGUGCUUUGGUUGAGAGGAUUUGUGGUUGUAUCCAUCAUCGACCGACUCUGCUGACAACAGUUGAAUUUUUGGAGCUAGUUGGAUUUGCAAUUGCCAGCACAACUAUGCUGGUAGAAAAAUCUGUGAGUAUUAUUCUGUUGGUCAUGGCUUUGGCCAUGUUGAUUAUUGACUUACGUAUGAAGUCUUUUUUGGCAAUUCCAAAUUUGGCAAUUUUUGGAGCCAUUGCAUCCUUACUCUUUUUCCCAUCACUGAAAAUCCCCACAAACCCUUUUGCCUUGGCAUGUUUCUUCAGCUGCAUGAUUUCAGAUCCCCUUCUCGACGUUUACUUCAGCGGACUUUCAGUUACUGAACGAUGGAAGCCCUACUUGUACCGUGGUAAAAUUUGCAGAAGGCUUUCUGUCAUCUCAGUUGGAGUCAUUGAACUAAUCUUUUUCAUUCUUGCAGCCUUUAAAUUACGUGAUUUGGAUCUCUGGUAUUUUGUGAUACCUGGUUUUUCUAUUUUUGGAAUUUUCUGGAUGAUCUGUCAUGUGAUUUUUUUUAUAACUCUUUGGGGAUUUCACACAAAACUAAAUGACUGUCACAAGGUAUAUUAUACCCACCGUGCAGAAGACAACAGCCUUGACAGAGUUAUGGCAUCUAAAGGAAUGCGUCACUUCUGUUUAAUUUCGGAACAGCUAGUAUUUUUCAGCCUUGUCGCGACUGCUGUUUUGGGGGCCGUUUCUUGGCAGCCGACCAAUGGGAUCUUCAUGAGUGCAUUUCUCAUCGUUUUACCUCUGGAGUCCAUGGCUCAUGGGCUUUUCCAUGAGCUGGGAAACUGCUUGGGAGGAACGUGUGUCGGGUAUGCUGUUGUGAUUCCCACCAACUUUUGCAGUCCUGAUGGCCAACCAACUCUUCUUCCACCUGAGCAUGUGCAAGAGUUAAAUCUGAGGUCUACUGGCAUGCUUAAUGCCAUCCAAAGAUUUUUUGCAUAUCACAUGAUUGAGACGUAUGGUUGUGACUACUCUACAAGCGGACUGACCUUUGAUACCCUUCACUCCAAGAUCAAGUCUUUUCUUGAACUUCGGACAGCAGAUGGACCCAGACAUGAUACCUACAUUUUAUAUUACAGUGGUCACUCACAUAGCACUGGUGAAUGGGCGCUGGCAGGGGGUGAUGCUUUACGACUUGACACACUGUUGGAGUGGUGGCGAGAAAAGAACGGCACUUUUUGUUCUCGACUCAUCAUCGUUUUAGACUGUGAGAACUCUCAGCCUUGGGUUAAAGAAGUAAGAAAAGUAAAUGACCAGUAUGUUGCCGUGCAAGGAGCAGAAAUGGGUAGAGUUGUAGACAUCGAGGAAGCAGACCCUCCACGGCUUGGUGACUUCACCAGGCAAUGGGUUGAGUACAACUGUAACCCCGACAGCAACAUCAGCUGGUCCGACGGACGUACGGUGAAAGCGGUGUAUGGCGUGUCAAAACACUGGAGCGACUACACUUUGCAUUUGCCAACAGGAAGCGAUGUUGCCAAACACUGGAUGAUGUACUUCCCACGCAUCACCUAUCCAUUAGUACAUUUGGCAAACUGGUUUUGUGGUCUCAAUCUGUUCUGGGUCUGUAAAGCGUGCUUUAGGUGCUUGAAAAGACUGAAAAUGAGUUGGUUUCUUCCCACAGUGCUGGACACAGGACAGGGUUUCAAACUUGUCAAAUCCUAAUUAGCAACCAAAGAGAAAAUGAAGUGAGAGCUCUGGGAACUUUCUCACUGUACCGUACUUACAACUUUUUAUAUGACUAUUUUUCUCUGAAAAAGUCUGCUACACUCACUUUAUUCAGCUCUUUGAGCAGCUACAGUAUAUGCAACAGUUAGAAACUGCCAUCUUAAACAGAAGAGCGUAGGACUGAUAUUUGAGUUUUGUUACUGGUCUGUAUGUACAUAUGUAAGAGACUUAUUUAAUAUGACCAUGCGUUUUGGAGACAGUUCGCAUGUUCAUAUGCGUUACUUAAAGCAGCCUUUGUUCAGUCACCAGUUUGAUGGACGACAGCUCCUGCGAAUGUUACAGCAUGCUUAUUUGUCAUUGUCCUGGUUUCAGCUGGGAUAGAGUUAAUUUUCUUCUUAGAAACCAGGACAGUCAUUUAUAUCCACUAUAAGGUUCAAAUACAGGAAAGGAACCGAGCUAAUACGCAAAUCAAUUUAUAUGUCCUUGAAAUUAUGUGAUGGGGUCAAGGGUAUUAUAAAACAGCACUGAGCCAAAAACAUAGAAGAAUGAAUAGCCAUUGCAGGUAAGUAGCUACCAAGAAUCUUUAGUUUUAUUUGCUUUUACAUCUUCAGCCCCUGCCUCAGUUCUCUACUGCCAUCAGUGGAAAUUUGCCACAGAAAACAAGGAAAUCAGACAACCCUCUAAUGUUCUGAUGCUGCUGAGACAAUGUUUUCUGAAGUGCAGUUUUUAAAACUUUCAGUGUUACUUUCAAAGUUCAAUGUCUUGCUGGUGAUCUUUUUUUUUUUUUUUUUUAAAUAUUCCCAGUAGUUAAUUCAUAUAUGGAAUAAAAAGUGCACUGAGAGUUUUUUCCCUCA